GCCAAGAGCAAAAGAACUUUGUUUUUGUCUACCAAAUUUCCUUAGCAAGUUCUCUGGAGCAAACAAGAAAAAAUGGCAUCAGGAAGCAGCUGCGACUGCGAGUCCAAGUUCCCACCAGAGAGCCAGCCAACUCAGCCGGCAAAGGAGUACUUGAUGAACCCUCUCCCUCAGCCCCUAAACCCUAAACCCUACAAACCCACCAACAAACUCCUCGGGAAGGUAGCUCUGGUGACAGGAGGAGACUCAGGAAUCGGGAGAUCCGUUUGCCUACACUUCGCCAUGGAAGGUGCUACAGUCGGGUUCACAUACGUAAAAGGCAUAGAAGACGUCGACAAGGACGAAACCAUCAAACUCAUCAAACAACUGAAACCCCCUUCUUCAAAAGACCCGAUCGCCAUACAGGCCGACCUGGGGUACGAAUCGGAGUGCCAGAGGGUUGUGGACGAAUUCGUCAAAGAGUACGAGACCAUCGACAUCCUGGUCAACAACGCGGGGGUCCAGUACUACACGAACUCGAUGGACGACAUAACUGAAUCCAGGCUGGAGAACGUAUUCAGGACGAACAUUUUCGCCUACUUUUUCCUGGCGAGGUUCUCACUGAAUCACAUGAAACGAGGCGGGUGCGUAAUCAACACGACCUCCGUCGCGGCCUACACGGGGAACGGCGAGCUGGUGGAUUACAGCGCGACGAAGGGCGCGAUCGUGAGUUUUACGAGGAGCCUGAGCUCGAUGCUCGUGGAGAGAGGGAUCCGGGUCAAUGCGGUGGCACCGGGACCCGUUUGGACGCCGUUGCAGGUCGCGGUGAUGCCGCCGGAGAGGACGACCACGUUGGGGUGCGAGGUGCCGAUGAAGAGGGCGGCGGCGGCUUAUGAGAUCGCGCCGUCGUAUGUGUUUUUGGCUUCGGAGGGUUGCUCUUCGUACUUCACUGGCCAAGUCCUGCAUCCCAACGGGGGUUUGAUCGUUAAUGCUUGAACGACGACGUUGCGUUUGAUGGCACGUGGUAGGCUGGUAGCUGUCGCAGUUAUAUAGUGUACUUUUUACCGUUGUGGUUGGUUGGGUUUACUUUUACCGUUGGAACAUUAAUGGGAAUCGUGUGUCUCCCAUAAAUAAUAGUGACUUGCAUCGCCAUUUAUGGAAGGAACGAAGAACAAAUUAAGUCCGUGCACAUCACAUGCAUGGUCAUAAAAACAGAGUUUGUUUCACGUGUACCCCCAAAAUGUUUCUGGACACGGUGAAUGGACCAGCUGGGUUGAAGUUGCUUAUAGCCCCAUUCAAAUUUGAAAUAUAUGUAAAUUUGUAACAAAAUUUUAAAAAAUAAAAUUGUAGG